AUGAGUACUUCUAUAUAUAUGGUUUAUUACAGUACGACGACGAAGGAAUCGUUGAAGGAUGUGGUGAUGGGAAAAGUGAUUGAUGUAAAGGAUGUCGUCAAAGCUAAAGUUAUGAAAGAAACUGGAAUGCCAGAAUGGGCGUUCGUAUUUCUUGGUAUAAUCGCCAUCAUCGUGGUUCUUCUCAUAGCAUAUCUGAUCAUCAGAAAACUUUUCGGCAAGAAGCGGCAUGGGGAAAAGAACAAGAACAAAGGCUUCAAAGGAUUGUUCAGCAAAGGAACUGAUCUCAUGGCCGGAAAGGAUGUGAUGGGUGGGAUUCAACAAGACAUGGAGGAAUUGGAGGAGAACAUGGAACAAAAUGAGAAAGCUCAAGCUGAAGAAAAGGAAGAAGUCAAACUUGGACGAAUACAAUACAAACUCGACUAUGAUUUCCAACAGGGACAGCUCUCGGUUACCGUAAUCCAAGCUGAAGAUCUGCCUGGGAUGGACAUGAGCGGCACUUCCGAUCCUUACGUAAAACUUUAUCUGUUACCUGAGAAAAAGAAGAAAGUUGAAACAAAAGUCCACCGAAAGACCCUCAAUCCCCUCUCUGUUACCGUAAUCCAAGCUGAAGAUCUGCCUGGAAUGGAUAUGAGCGGCACUUCCGAUCCUUACGUAAAACUUUAUCUGUUACCCGAGAAAAAGAAGAAAGUUGAAACAAAAGUCCAUCGAAAGACCCUCAAUCCCGUCUUCAACGAGACCUUCAUUUUCAAAGUUGCCUUCAACGAAAUCACUGCAAAGACGUUGGUGUUCGCUAUCUACGAUUUCGAUCGGUUUAGCAAGCACGAUCAAAUCGGACAGGAGAAAAGCCUUGGGGAUAUCUGCUUCUCGCUUCGAUACGUCCCAACAGCUGGCAAACUGACAGUGGUUAUUUUGGAGGCAAAAAAUUUGAAGAAAAUGGACGUGGGUGGUCUUUCAGAUCCUUACGUGAAGAUUGUGUUGAUGCAAGGUGGAAAACGACUAAAAAAGAAGAAAACCUCGAUUAAAAAAUGCACACUCAAUCCAUACUAUAACGAAUCAUUCUCGUUCGAAGUUCCGUUUGAACAGAUUCAGAGCUUCGAUGCCUUUCUACUGCAAGUACCGUUGCAGAAAGUUUCACUUAUGAUCACCGUAAUGGACUACGAUAAAUUGGGAUCAAAUGACGCAAUCGGACGAUGCCUGCUUGGAUGCAACGCUACCGGAGCAGAACUGAGACAUUGGAUGGACAUGCUGGCUUCGCCACGACGGCCAAUCGCACAAUGGCAUACGUUGGGUCCAGUGGAGGAGGAAGGUGGGGAGAAGAAGUAA